AUGCCUUCCUACACAAAAUUUCUAAAGAAAAUCCUUUCUAAGAAAAGGAGACUGGAUGACUAUGAGACAGUUGCUCUAAUAGAAGAAUGUAGUGCCAUCCUACAGAAUAAGCUACUUCCAAAAUUGAAAGAUCUUGAAAGCUUCUCCAUACCAUGCUUGAUUGGAAAUAUGAAUAUCGACAAAGCCUCCUGUGACCUUGAAGUUGAUGUGAGCCUAAUGCCCUUGUCUAUAUAUCAAAAGCUAAAUGUGGGAGAACUGAGACCUACUACCAUCUCUUUACAAUUAGCAGACAGAUCUGUCAAGUGCCCAAUUGGCAUCCUAGAAAACAUCCCCAUCAAAGUGAAAAGUUUUUUUAUUCCAGUAGAUUUUAUUGUCCUGGAGAUGGAGGAAGAUGUCUAA